AUGCUAGCUUCCAACAUGGCAGGCCGACGGGCUCUGAAGGCUGUGCUCAUUGAUCUGAGUGGAACCCUACACAUAGAGGACACGGCGGUGCCCGGAGCGCAGGAUGCCCUCAACAGGUUAAGGCAGGCGUCUGUUGCCGUCAAGUUUGAGGAGGAGAUCUUCACCUCUCUGAGCGCAGCGAGGAGCCUUUUAGAGCGGAAACAGCACAGACCUCUGCUGCUGGUGGAGGACAGCGCGCUGGAAGACUUCACUGGCAUUGACACAUCAGAGCCCAACGCAGUCGUGGUUGGACUAGCUCCGGAUCAUUUUAACUAUCAAACGCUCAACAGAGCUUUCAGAAUGAUUCUGAACGGGGCUCCCCUCAUUGCCAUUCACAAGGCUCGUUACUACAAAAGAAAGGAUGGGUUGGCCCUGGGCCCCGGGCCCUUUGUCACAGGACUGGAGUAUGCCACAGACUGUAAAGCCACUGUGGUGGGAAAGCCUGAGAAGACUUUUUUUACCCAGGCUCUGUCUGAUUUGGGAUGCAGUCCCAGUGAAGCUGUGAUGAUAGGAGAUGAUGCCAGAGAUGAUGUAGGCGGGGCUCAGAAUGCAGGGAUGUUGGGUAUUCUGGUAAAAACCGGUAAAUACAGAGACGGGGAUGAAACCAAAAUCGACCCACAGCCUCACCUGACAUGCAACAGUUUCCCAGACGCCGUGGAACACAUCCUGCAGAACCUGCUGUAA